AUGGCUUUCGCGCACCCCCCACAUGAACUUCCGGCUUUCGAUGCUUCACGCAACUACCCAGUGCUCUACCUCCCGCCAUUAAUAUCUUCGCUUCCUGAAACGCUGCCACCAGCACCCCUGCCAAAUGAGUACCCGCCGGUCGUUACUCAGACGCGGCUGCCCGACAUAGAUCCCACGUCGUUAUCAUUGCACAAAGCCCUUCACCACUUCAAGCCAAUCACGCCGCACUAUGCCUCUACUCCAUAUCAUGAAGCAUUCAACUGGGAUGAGCUGAUGCUGCCGGAACAUCAAGAACGCGAGUGGUACAUUGUUGUUUUUCGAAGUAGAAGAAAAGCGGGCAGCGACGGCGGAGCUCUCUACGAUGCCGACAAAAACGCUCACGAGGAGGCUGUCCGAAACGGCGGACUUCUGCUAUACUGGUAUGGCGUCCCCGACCCCGCUUCCGGCAUGAAUCUCGCGACGUGUAUUUGGCAGAGCAGAAAGCACGCCAUAGCGGCGAACUCGCGGCCACACCACAUAGUAGCCAUGCGACUAGCUUCUCAAUCAUACGAAGUCUACAACCUGGAAAGAUACGUCUUGCGAAAACGAGCAGGAGAUCCUGGUGUCGUGGUGGAACCUUUCAAUGGUGGGGAUGUGGGGUGGUAA